AUGGAGAAGAGAACGGAAUUGCUUGAGGUAGAGGAUCGUCUUCGAGUUAAAAUUGCUACGUAUUACCUUCAAGACGCUGCUGGUCAUUGGUGGACAAUGACCAAAACGAAGGAAGGGAUGCAGAACCUUACUUGGAAUGAAUUCAAAGAACUUUUCUUCCAAAAGUUCUUUCAUGUAGCUUUAAAAAAUGCCAAGAUAAUGGAAUUCAUACAGUUGGAUCAGGAGAAGGAGGGCUUGUCCGUUUUGAGGUAUGAUAUGAGGUUCGAUGAGCUAUCUCGAUAUGCUACUGAUAUGGUGAAAACUGAGCACUUGAAGGCAAUUAAGUACCAAAAGGGGAUGCUGCCAGAUAUUCGUUUGAAGCUUGCACAACAAAUGCUCACGAGUCGUAAUGAAAUAUUUGAGAGGGCCUUGAUUAUUGAGACAGCCUACAAAGAGUUUCGAGAACGGAAGGAUCGAAAGAGAAAUAAGUUUAAAAACAUAAAUGAGCCUCCUAAGAAGCCAAGGCAAGAUAAUGCACCGAAGAGAGGAUACGUGGUUCACAACAAUAAUGUGCAAGAAAAGACUUGUUAUGAGUGCCGCAAGCCUGGACACCUUCGUAGGAUUUUUCCUCUUCUUAACAAACAAAGGUCUCGACACAGUAAUCGUGGUAACAACGCUCCACAGAACAAGCCUAAUCAAGCGAGACCAGCACCACCGACUAAUCAACAAGGAAAGGCGUUUGCAACAGUAAAGACUAAGGGAGAUGCCGACAAUGCUGUAGUUGAAGGUACACUUCUUUUAUUCAAUUCUUGGGUUAAUGUUUUAUUCGAUCUGGGUGCUACUCAUUCCUUUAUCUCUGAUCGGGUUGUUUUACGUUUGGAUUUGCAUUCUGAACCAUUAGAGAAAAUGUUUCAUGUGAUAACACCAGUUGCAAGUGUUAGUCUAGGUCGUAUUUUCCAGUCUUCUAUAGUUCGGGUUGGUGAUCAAGAACUAUCAGGAGACCUUAUUGUCUUAGGAAUGACAUCGUUUGAUGUUAUUUUAGGCAUGGAUUGGCUUGGGAAAUAUCGAGCCUUAGUGGAUUGUUUUAGGAAAAGGGUAACUUUUCUUUCCAAGGAUGGUGUAUCCUUUUGUUUUGAUGCUGUAAGGUAUUCUCCUGACUUCGUUACUAGUAUUAUUUUGUGUGGUAUACAAUCAAAGUUGUGUCGUAGUCUUAACUUCUUAGCUCAUAUGGGUAGUGACAGUAAGUCUAGUGGGGUUACUAUUGAGGAAAUUCCAAUAGUUAGAGAUUAUGUUGAUGUUUUUCCUGAUGACUUACCGGGAAUACCGCCGAAGCGUGAAGUUGAGUUUACAAUUGAUCUUCUUCCGGGGACGACACCAAUUUCAGUUACGCUGUACCGUAUGGCACCGACAGAACUCAAGGAACUCGACAAGCAACUGUCAGAAUUACAAGAGAAGGGUUUUAUUCAAACUAGUACUUCUCCUUGGGGCGCACCUGUUCUCUUUGUAAAGAACAAAGAUGGGUAUCUUCGUUUGUGUAUUGAUUACCGCAAGUUAAAUGUUGUUACUGUGAAGAAUAUAUAUCCACUACCAAGAAUAAUUGACUUGUUCAAUCAACUUAAGGGAGCAAAAUUCUUCUCAAAGAUUGAUUUGAGAACUAGUUAUCACCAACUUCUGAUUCGAUAUGAAGAUAUACCCAAGACUGCUUUCCGAACACGAUAUGGACACUUUGAAUUUUGUGUCAUGCCCUUCGGAUUUACUAAUACUCCAGCUGCUUUCAUGGAUUUGAUGCAUCGUGUAUUUCGACCCUUCUUGGAUAAAUUCAUUAUGGUAUUCAUAGAUGGCGUUUUGAUUUAUUCCAAGACCAAAGAGGAGCAUGUUGAACAUCUGCGUAUUACCAUGGAAAAUUUAAGGAAUCACCAGCUGUAUGACAGAUUUAACAAGUGCGAAUUUUGGAUUCAAGAAGUGCAAUUUUUGGGUCGUGUAGUAACUAAGGAUGGAAUACGUGUGGAUCCAGUUAAGAUUGAAGUUGUACUCAAAUAG